CUAUCGACACUUUCACAUAACCCGUAUAGCUCAGAUGGAUCCAGAGGUUAAGUAUCUGUUAUCUCUGCGUGCCAUCCGGGAGCGCGCGAUAACCGUAGGGGAUGCCGCUCGAGCCGGGAGGUUGAACCAUUUCGACCUACACGAGGAUCGAAUGGAUGCUGUUGCAGAUUUCGUGAGCUCUAUUAUCAAUCGGGAUUUUGGCCCAGACAAAUUCGCUACAAUUCCGCCACAUGGCCGCUGGCAACACUUUGAUGUUGGCAACGUGCCACGUAUCGAGAAUAUUAUACAGGAUUGGAAGAAUGAGAAAUGUGAUGACCUCGAAGUAACGCGACGCCUCAUCGAUCUAUUCUUUGUUUCUGUGCUCUUGGAUGCUGGUGCCGGUGACCAGUGGCGGUAUAUCGAGCCAGGGACGGAUCGAGUGUACGAACGGAGCGAAGGCCUUGCAGUUGCGUCAUUGUAUAUGUUCAAGGCACUGGCUUUUGCUGCUGAGAAAGCCGGAAGGACGCCCUUGGUUGAUGGUAGGGGAUUAGAGCAGCUGAGUACCGAGGCAUUAGCAGAAGGUUUUCAAGUCUCGCAGAGCAACCCAAUGCUUGGAGUUGACUCUCGUGCAGCCUUGCUCAGAGGAUUAGGGAAAUCGCUCCUCUCCAAUCCUGACAUUUUUGGGGAUCAAGGCCGCCCAGGCAAUCUUGUUGACUUUAUGGUUAAAUCUGCUGGAAAGUCUUCAGAACUUGACAUUCUAGCUUUUUGGGACAUUCUUCAAAAUCUCCUGAUCCCUGUCUGGCCCAAAGACCGCACCACGGUUAACGGACACCCUAUCGGUGAUGCAUGGCCAUUAGGCAUUCUGCAGAAACAAAGCGGCUCUCAUGAUGGCCAUCGCUCAGAAUGCAUUCAACCAUUUCACAAACUUACCCAGUGGCUCACUUAUUCGCUAAUGGUCCCAUUCCAGCGAGUUCUCGGUCUACAAUGGACCAACGCCGAGUCACUCACUGCCCUGGCUGAAUACCGCAAUGGUGGCUUGUUUGUUGACUUUGGUGUCCUGACUCUCAAGAAAGAAGCGCUUGACAGAGGAUUAAGGGCAUCUGGGAGCGAACUGCCUCAGUUUGAGGCGGAUGAUGAUGUUAUUGUCGAAUGGCGAGCUAUGACCCUGGUGCUGAUUGAUAAGCUAUACUCCAUGAUAUUAUCGCGUCUAGACGGCGUCCGCCUGACUAUGGCACAACUCCUUGAGGCGGGGACUUGGAAAUCCGGCCGUGAAAUAGCAGCACAGCGUCGCCCGACGACCAAAUCGAGUCCAAUCGUUGUUAAAAGUGAUGGCACUAUAUUCUGAGUGAUUGGUGUCGGUGACCCAUUUAGAUAAUGAAAUUGUUCAUCUGACUCUGCUGCUGUAGAUCUAUCGAUAUGUUUGUCCCAUUGUUCUUUCUUCCUUCUAAAAAAAGGAGGUCCAAUAGACUAAUCAAAACUUUUGAAGCGAAG